ACAUGAUGAAGCUGCGCGGAGAAUCUUCGGUGGGACACAACUUCAAAAUAAGAGCUUCAAGCACAACUUGGAGUCAAAAACUAUACGAGUCUUAAAGAUAGUUCUGAUUCUCUUAAGACCUGCUCUCAAUCUCUCUUCCUCCAUUCUGACCUACUGUUAUGUUGUCGACUCGCUAAGUGCCUCUGGCAAAUCACGACCUAAAACCUACGCCCGCUUCCCAGCUCCUCUAAGCCAUCUAUCACACCAGCCCCGCCGGAUAUAUAUCUGCGGCAAUGUCUCAAUCGCAACAAUUACCCCAGCUACCUCCAAAAGAAUCGUCACUGUUCCGACAGGUUGUCAAGAACUAUGAGGCCAAACAGUACAAAAAAGGCAUCAAAGCCGCAGAUCAGAUUCUGCGCAAAGUCCCUGAUCAUGCGGAUACCCUCGCGAUGAAAUCUCUCAUAAUCAACUCCCAAGGAAAGCCAGAUGAAGCAUUCGCGCUCGCUAAAAAAGCUUUGGCUUCAAAGCUCGAUCCAAAGUCGGAAAUAAGAGGAAUGAAGUCCCAUAUAUGUUGGCAUGUGUACGGAUUGCUACAUAAACACUCAAAGAACUAUGAGGAGGCUCUGAAGGCCUUCAAGUUUGCACACAGUCUGGAUCCGGGAAACCCCAACAUCAUGCGCGAUAUGAGCCAAUUGCAGGUUCAGAUCAGAGACUACCAAGGGUAUAUCCAGAGCAGAACCGAGAUGCUCAAGCAGAGGGCUUCAAUCAGGCAGAAUUGGACCGCAUUGGCGCUUGCGCAUCAUUUGAAAGGAGACUUAGCAGAAGCCGAGAAAGUCCUGACUAUGUAUGAAGACACCCUGAAAAGCCCACCUACAAAGACCGAUAUCGAGCACUCCGAGGCUGUACUGUACAAGAACUCAAUCAUUGCCGAAGCUGGCGAUGUCGAGCGAGCUUUGGAGCAUUUGGACACGAUUCGAAAAGACAAUCUGGACCGCACGUCAGUUAUGGAGCUUCGUGCACAGUAUCUACUACAACUAGGGCGCAAGGAAGAAGCACAGAUAGCGUACCGGGCUCUGAUCAAACGUAAUAAUGAAUACAGAAAUUAUUAUGAGGGUCUUGAAAAGUCAUUAGAUCUGGAUCGCAGCAAUGCUGAACAUAAGAAACAACUGAAGGCACUGUACGAGUCAUUCGCACAAGAAAGUGAGAGGUUAGAUGCGGCUAGACGAAUACCAUUGGACUUUCUACAAGGAGAGGAUUUCGAAGCUGCCGUUGAUGCCUACUUGCGCCGCAUGCUUGAGAAAGGGGUGCCUUCAACGUUCACGAAUGUGAAGGCACUCUAUGCUGAUCCUGCGAAGCAGGCUACCAUCCAACAACUCAUAACAAAAUACGCUGCUGAAAAGGAGACGAACGGAUCAGGAGAUGCAGAGACCAACGGCGAAUCCGCCUCAGGAUUCCAAAAAGCGGUCCUGUACUUUCUUGCACAGCACUACGACUAUCAUCUCAGCCGUGAUUUGAAUAAGGCGACGGAGUACAUAGAGAAAGCCUUGACGCUUACACCUACAUCUGUGGACCUGAAUCGGACGAAGGCUAGAAUUAUAAAGCACACUGGAGAUACGGAAGCUGCUUCACGACAAAUGAACCAUGCUCGAGAGCAGGACCUCAGAGAUCGAUAUAUCAACACGAAGUGUGCGAAAUAUCAAUUGCGCAAUAAUGAGAAUGACAGCGCUAUAGAAACCAUGAGCAAAUUUACUAGGAACGAGACUGCAGGAGGGCCCCUUGGAGAUUUGCACGACAUGCAAUGUAUGUGGUUCCUCACGGAAGACGCAGAAUCCUUCCAAAGACGAGGCAUUCUCAAUCUUGCCUUGAAGAGAUACAAGUCUUUGUACGACAUCUUUGACGUCUGGUCCGACGACCAAUAUGACUUCCAUACUUUCUCGUUACGAAAAGGACAAAUACGUGCCUAUGUCGAUAUGAUAAGAUGGGAAGACAAUCUUCGAAGUCACCCUAUGUUCACCCGCAUGGCUCUGUCUGCUGUCAAGAUCUACCUCAACCUUGCUGACAACCCCAAGUUGUCAUCCGGACAAGUCAAUGGAGAGGAUACCGCUGUUGAAAAGAAGGCGAACAGAAAGGCCAAGAAAGAGAAAGAAGCUCGCGAGAAAGCCGAGGCUGAAAAGAAGGAGGCCGAGAGGAAGAGUGGUAAGAAGUCGACUGGUGCAGAUGGCGAGUCGAAGAAGGAAGACCCCGAUCCAGAGGGUAAAGUACUGCUCGCAACGAAAACUCCUCUCGAGGAUGCCAUGAAAUUCUUGGCCCCCGUACUCGAGUUCAGUCCGAAAAGUGUUGAGGGCCAGAACUUAGGUUUUGAGGUCUUCAUCCGAAGGAGAAAAUACCUCCUUGCUCUCAAAUGCCUUCUGGCUGCUGCUGCACUAGACCCAGAGAGCCCAGUGGUCCAUGAGCAAGCUAUCCGACUUCGAUACACUCUGGACGCUCUGUCCGAACCUCUAGCCAUACCAGUCGCCGAGGUCAUCAAGUCAAGUUUUACGCUCGUUCCUGCACAGGCAUCGCUAGCUGCUCACAACGACUCGUACCUUAACGAAAACAAACAGAGCGUCUCUCACAUACGACACGGCCUCAAAACCCGCCAAUUUCUAGAUUUAAAAACCUUACCUCAGAACGAAAAGGACCUUAUGGAAUCAAUUAAGCUACCAUCAGCCACAGUAGACGACGUUGUAAAGGGAAUUUCCGUUUUGAAAGAAUGGAAUAGUGAACAAGCAGUCAGGAAGAGCUUCGUUGACGUAGCGCGCGAAAAAUGGCCGAAUGUCACGGCGUUCAAAAGUGCUUAAGUCGAUCAGGAGUAACAUCAUCUGGCUCAGGGCGAUCAUCCGGAGGCGGUUUGCUCAUGUCCAGCACCAUGUAUGAUCUGGUAGCAUGUAGCGCACAUGAACCUAGAUGUAGUUAUAGAAGUAAACAGUAAUGACGGUCGUGAACCCAUUAUCUGCGAAUUACUGACGAAUAUAUGCGAACCCAGGGGCGUUGGGUCGACAUACUCGUCUUACUUAUCGGCGCUGCAUACUCAUGAAUGACUCAGAAUGAGCAACCUGCCGUGAUUACUGGAAAUGGUCGCUCCACAGGCACGGAGAGAUCGGCAUGUGUAUCAAUGCGCUGACCAUUCGCAGAUACCAAAGUCUUGUGAGUUCCUCUGCCGAGUUUGAGUUCUCCCUGUCAAGCUGUAAGACGUUUAAUUAUAACGUA